AUGGGGGGAGUGUCAGAGCACUACAGCAGCCUGAGAAUGGAGCUGGGAUCCACCGUAAGAGCCGUACGCAGCACCAGGGUCCAACAGGGAUCCGAGCUACAGCCAGCAGUCAUUCUUAUAAAGAACGGGAGGAUCCACCAAAUUCUAACAGACAACUGCAACUUUACUGGAGAAAAGGUGUUGGAUGUUGGAGACAGCGUGGUGAUGCCAGGUCUGGUCGACAGCCAUGUGCACGUGAACGAGCCGGGACGCAUCACAUGGGAGGGCUUCUGGACGGCCACGAGAGCCGCAGCGGCAGGAGGAGUGACGACAAUCGUGGACAUGCCGCUAAACAGCAUCCCUCCAACCACAACACUCUCAAACUUUCAAGAGAAACUGCGUGAGGCGACGGGCAAAUGUUUCGUGGACACUGCUUUUUGGGGUGGAGUCAUACCUGGAAAUGAGCUGGAACUGAAGCCUAUGAUCAGUGCUGGGGUCGCUGGGUUCAAAUGCUUCAUGAUCCACAGCGGAGUGGACGAGUUUCCACACGUGAGCGACAGUGACCUGCACACGGCCAUGAAGCAGCUGCAGGGGACUGGCACUGUCCUACUGUUUCAUGCAGAAAGAGAAGUUCAAGAUGCAACGCAGGAUUCUGGUGAUCCCUGUCAUUACUCCACUUUUCUGAGGUCAAGGCCAGAUGAGAUGGAAACUGAGGCCAUUCGAAUCGUCACACAGCUCUGUCUACAAUAUCAGGUGCGUUGUCACAUCGUGCACCUGUCCUCCGCUCUGCCGCUCACGUUGAUCCGUGAAGCUCGAGCCGCCGGAGCCCCGCUCACCGUGGAAACCACCCAUCACUACCUCAGUCUGCGAGCGGAGGACGUCCCAGCCGGAGCCACGCAGUUCAAGUGCUGUCCACCAAUCAGGAGCGCGGAAAACCAGGAGGAGUUAUGGUGUGCGUUGAAAGCCGGGGACAUUGACAUGGUGGUGUCAGACCAUUCCCCCUGUACUCCAGACCUCAAGAGACUGGAGAGUGGAGACUUCACUGAGGCCUGGGGAGGAAUCUCCUCUCUGCAGUUUGGUCUGCCUCUGUUCUGGACCUCUGCCAGCCAAAGAGGUUUUGGGUUACCAGAUGUGGUGAGACUUCUAAGCCAAAAAACUGCUGAAGUGUGCCGUCUGGACCACCUAAAGUCUCAACUCGUUCCUGGCUUCGAUGCAGACCUUGUGAUAUGGGACCCAGAGCUGGAGUUUGAGAUAAAAGAAGAAAACAUUCACCACAGAAACAAGCUGACUCCGUACCUGGGGAUGAAGCUCCGUGGUGCCGUCAGGGGCACGGUGGUCCGGGGCCAGCUGGUGUUCUGGGAGGGAGACUUCAGCCCGGAGCCUUUGGGACGACACCUCUUCAUCCACCAGAGGAAUAACCAAGCUCAACUCUGA